GUGCGUUCCAAGGUGGUUUACGCAUGCGUAUUUGUUACACCCGGUGUUUGGUUCGUUUCCCGCCGCCUGUUAAUAAAAAGGCGUUUUGAAGCGGAGGAUUUAUCAACAUGAGCGGCUUUAAUUUUGGCACUGGCGCCUCUUCAGGAGGUUUCAGCUUUGGCACCCCAAAAACCAGUGCUCCACCAGCCAGUUCUGGCUUCUCUUUUGGUGCCUCAGCAGCACCUUCAUCAGGGGGUUUUAGCUUUGGGGGAGCUACCCAAACACCAGUUCAGACUCCAGCACAGAACUCUGCUCCCCCUGCUGGUCAACCGACAGGGCUUUUUUCUUUCGCCACACCAGCUGCUUCUGCAGCCCCUGCUACUGGAUUUAGCUUUGGGGCUCAGGCAACAUCUACUCCAGCCCCGGCCACAGGAGGACUUUCCUUUGGUACUGCUGCACCAAAAGUAAAUACAGGAUCAAUGACCCAACCUGCCACAGGGGGAUUCAGUUUGAACAGCACUUCCCAGCCUUCUCAGCCUUCAGGGGGUUUUUCAUUUGGUGGUGCUCCUACCCAGACACAGCCAUCUGCUAGCACUGGAGUGGGCUUCUUAACUGGUCAAAGUGGAACCACUGCCAGUAGCACUUUUGGGCAAGCAACAGCAGCAGCUGCCCCCACAGGACUCACAUUUGGGACUCCGGUGCCUACUUCUGCAGCACCUGUACCUACCUCAUCACAACCUGCACCUACAUUCAGCUUGGGGCAGACAACGGCCCCUCCUAUGAAUUUCGGCUUGCUGGCAACUUCAUCUUCCACUCCCUCAGCCUCUUCUCUUCCUGCAUAUUCUCAGCCUGCUGGAUCUGCUCUAGGUGCUGCCCUAAACUUUGGAGCCAAACCUACAGAUGCUUCCUCAGCUUUAGCAUCCACAGGAUCCACUGUGGUUUCCACUACUCCAUCCUUAACCUCCAUACUUGGAACUUCUGGAUCUUCUCUAUUUUCCUCUGUGGCUAGCUCUGCUACUUCAGCUACAGCGACCACUGCAACCACUGGAUUGACACUGGGAUCCUCUGGCACAGGUCUGGGAUUUGGGCUAAAGACCCCAGCAAGCAGUGCAGCUCCAGUAGGCACCAUGAGCACGUCUCUAGGUGGGAAGCCCCUCGCCGGUGUGAGUGCUGUGGGGAUUCAGAGUGUAGGAGUUGGGUUAACAGUGCCUAGUGCUGCCAGUGUACCCCCUGCAAUGACCUAUGCUCAGCUUGAGAAUCUUAUUAAUAAGUGGAGCUUGGAGCUGGAAGAUCAAGAGAAACAUUUCUUGCAGCAAGCAACACAGGUCAACGCAUGGGACAGGAUGCUGAUCCAUAAUGGAGAAAGAAUUACUACGUUACACAGAGAAAUGGAGAAAGUAAAAAUGGAUCAGAAAAGGUUGGAUCAGGAAUUGGACUUUAUUUUAUCACAGCAGAAGGAGCUGGAAGACCUCCUCUCCCCUCUUGAAGAGUCAGUCAAGGAGCAGAGUGGGACUAUAUAUGCCCAGCAUGCAGACGAGGAGAGAGAGAAGACCUACAAGCUAGCAGAGAAUAUUGAUGCACAACUGAAGCGCAUGGCCCAGGAUUUAAAGGAAGUCAUAGAACAUCUGAACACAUCAGCAGGGCCCUCUGACACUAGUAACCCGCUCCAGCAAAUUUGUAAGAUCCUCAAUGCCCACAUGGAUUCGCUACAGUGGAUAGAUCAGAAUUCAGCUCUCCUUCAAAGAAAAGUGGAACAAGUAUCUAAGGAGUGUGAGAGUCGAAGGAAGGAGCAUGAUCGAGGAUUUCCCAUCACAUUUGAGUAAUCAUUUGGGGGUGGAAUUACUUAUAGUGAGGGCUGUGAUGAUUAAGGAAGGCUGUGAGCACUGUCCUGCAAAAGAUGGCCAGAGUAGAGUACUGCUUGCAAGAGGAACACGGGGAUGUCCUAUGUCCUGCAGGAGGAAUGGGAGACUGUGCUGCAAUUCAAGAGGAAAAUAGUGGAUUAUUUUUUAUUUUUUUGUUUAAAUAAAUACUUAUUUUGACGCUGCUAAA